UUUGAGAUAUUCUAAUUUCUAAUUUCCGACGGGUUAUCGUUUCAAAUGCCUUUUUGCUCGUGCGGCUUGAUUAUAAAUCUAAUUAAAAGUAUAAUUAUCUUAGAUGUACAUGUAUAAUCUUGCCUAACUAUAAGGUGUUGAGAAAUGAGAAGUGAUGGAUAUGUAGUUAUGUAUACUUGUUUUUUGUACCCUAGUUCGGGCGAGCUCCCGGCUCCGGGAAUAAGUCUCAUCCGGCCGUAUGAUCUUUCGUUGACCUUGCGAAUAUUAGAAAUGCGAAAUGCCUAUUUUUAAGCAAUAGAGACUGCUUUCUUAUCGUCUUUAACAUCUACCAGGGUUUUAAUUUCAGAUGUUUUGCAAGGAAACUUAGCAACAUUUUGGAAGUCCAUGGCCUUAUUAACCUGGCCACAGAUAAAGACCACGUCGUCUUUAUCUAUGACCUGGCCUUAUGGGAGUUAUGGCCAUGGAUGGACAUUUUGUAAAAUAAAAAUAACACUAGAAAUGGAUCGGGGAUUCGGGGUUAUAGAUGUAUUUAAAAUAUUUAUAAACUUAUUCUGGUUAUAUUAGCACUAUGUUAGCACUCUGGCUGGCAUGCAGCUGAAUGGAGCUGGUUAGCAACGCAGUUUGUAAUCCAUGUUUAAUGUGGUUAGAAGUUGCUUCUAAUUCAAAUGGCGCGAGAAAACCCACCCCCCGCUUUAUUUUCACCCGAGGCCGAGACAACAAAGUCAACAACUACGUGAACUGAAUCACUGUUUGCUCUUUUAGAGUGUAAAAAGUAAAAACAUUGUAUUUUGUUGGGUUUUAAUACUUAUUUUUCUAUAAGAAAUUACUGAGCUUACAAUGAGUCCAAGAAAAGCUGUUAAAACAGAAAAAAAUUCUGAUGGUGAAGAAACUGUGUCUGAAAAGACUCAUCCUAGCACUCGUAUGCUACGAAAACGCGAAUGGGAUUCUGCCAGCAUUAUAAGUCCAGAGAGGGGUCCAGCUCAGAGGAAAGAAAUCAAACGAGAAAACAUGCAAUUGAAGCGCUCUCUGACAACUUCUUAUGCCCAAACAGAAAAGAAAAAUUUGAUUAAGACAGAAAAACAGUCAUCUUCUGCUUUGGCGGAGUUAAAAACUGCAGUCAAAGAUGAGAAAACUGAGGUUGAGGUUGAAGACACAAGUGACAGGAGCUCAACUAUUUCCUCCAAUGGUGAAGUUGAAGAAGAUCCCCUAGUUCUGUCUCGAAGACAGAAACAAAUUGAUUAUGGGAAGAAUACCAUUGCCUAUGACAAUUAUCUCAAAACUGUACCCAAAAAUAAAAGAACCAAGGAACACCCCCAAACCCCUAACAAGUACAAAAAGUACAGCCGAAGGGGCUGGGAUGGAUCCAUUAAAGUGUGGAGGAAAAUGUUGCAUGUCUUUGACACAUCUGAUGCCAGUAACCCAAAGGAGAAAGAAAAUGCAGCUGCUGCAGAUAAAGAUGUCGAAGACGUCCUUGAUUACCUCCCUUUCGACCUAAUCGACGACGACGUUGUUUUAUAAACAUGUUGUCUACACUCUUCAUCAUCGAAUUUUAUGUGAAAUCUUGCGCCCGUUUAUAUUGCACUAUUAAGAGUGACAAGCAGGUCUUAGUGUUAAUUACUUUUGACAACUUCUUUUUUUUUUUUCUUAAGUUCGGCUGCCUAAAGAGCCUCUAAUUCUUCGAUAAUUUUGUUCAACGAUCUUCACCGUCUGUACCGUGAAAUAUGCACCUAAUUAAACAUGUUCGUCAUAUGCA